GUUAGUUGCAGUAUAUAUUUAAUAGGUUAUAAAGUGUUUUAGUGAUUUAAAAAAAAAAAAAAAUCAUAUAUAUCAAAUCUAGUACUCCAUAUUAUACCAAGUAGUUUAUAGUACGAAAGUAUUAGUUAUGCAGUUAUAUCUCUUAUCCAAUCCAUAGUUCCAAAGUUGGAAUAUAGGUUACAAAAGGUGUUAGGUUUUUGCACUUUGCACUAGACUUUACUCAAGAAAUUUUUUGCAAACACAAGUCAAGGAUCAUAAGAUGUGGAGAUUAAAGGUAGGAGAAGGUGCAAAUGAGCCUUAACCCCUGAGGAGAGGGAGGAGGUGGAGGAAGCACGACGUAACUUUUACAACAAUCGCUUUAAAGUCAAGCCUUGUGGAGAUCUCUUAUGGCGUCUCCAGGUUUUUAUUUUUAUUUUUCUUAUGGCGUGCAAACAUACCCUUCUUUAACUAGUGAGCUUAAUUGUAAUGUGAUUAACUCAUGUUAUUACAAUGAUCAUAUUAUUAGAAAAUGUAUGAAAUUCUAGUUUGAAAUUGAAAAAUAUUACGGAGUAUAGCUUAUGCAAAUGUAACAUAAGUGGCAAAUCUAGAAAUAUAAUCAAGUGGGGUCAAAAUACAUUUGUUUAAAUUUAUUUAGAUUAAAAGAUCAAAUUUUGAUAGAAAUAUGACUUUUUUUUGUUUUUUUUGACAGAUGAUAGAAAAUAUGACAAAUUUCAAAAUUUUACACUUGAAAUUUUCUAUUUAGCAGAUUUAAAGGACCCCAUUUAGGACAAUGUGGCUCCGCUACUCUUUAACAUAUAACAAGAGAAGAUGUGGUACUCGUCGUUUAUUAUUGUCGUCGCUUGGUAUAUUUGAAGUCGGAAAUAUGUUCAUAAGAUAUUAUUAGGAAAUUUUGACAAUUACCACCUAUAUUUUUUUUUUAUUAUUUAUUUUUUUAUUUUGAAUUUUAUCAUCUACUAUUUUUUAAAACAUCAAACCUCUCACCUCUCAACUCAAAAAACCACUAAUCAUGCAAUUAAUCAUUGAACCAUAGUUCCUAAGAGAGAAAAACUUCAAGCAAACAAUACCUCAAGUGAAGGUGGAAGAAGGGGAGGAGAUCACAUACGAAACCGCGACGACAACUUUAAAAAGAGCAGUGAAUUUAUUUACAGCCCUGCAGUCUGAACAUGGCCAUUGGCCUGCUGAAAUUGCUGGCCCUCAAUUUUUCCUCCCUCCUUUGGUUAGUCCCUUGACAAUAUAUUUCUCAUUUAUUAUGUAAUUGCAUCAUUUUAUGACAAAGUUUUCAAGAGUUCGUUAUAAUGUAAUAACAUUUAUAUGUACAUGUAAUGUCAUGCAGGUUUUCUGCUUAUACAUUACAGGGGUUCUAAAUUCUGUUUUUGGGCCACAGCAUCGUAGAGAAAUUCUUCGUAACAUCUAUUAUCAUCAGAAUGAAGAUGGAGGUUGGGGGUUGCACAUUGAAGGACACAGUACCAUGUUUUGUACUGCACUCAACUACAUUUGUUUGCGAAUGCUUGGAAUCGGAUCUGAUGAAGGCGACAACAACGCUUGUCCUAGGGCUCGAAAAUGGAUCCUUGACCAUGGCAGCGUUACUCAAAUCCCUUCUUGGGGAAAAACUUGGCUAUGUAUACUAGGUCUGUUUGAUUGGUCUGGAAGUAACCCAAUGCCGCCUGAAUUUUGGAUCCUCCCGUCUUUUCUCCCUGUAUAUCCAGCAAAAUGUUGUGCUACUGUCGAAUGGUUUAUAUGCCAAUGUCAUACUUGUAUGGGAAGAGAUUCAUAGGUCCAAUCACACCUCUCAUUAAACAACUUAGAGAAGAACUCUACAACAACCCUUCGACCAAAUAAGUUGGAAGAAAAUGCGCCAUUUGUG